AUGGCCCAGAAUACACCCUGUGGAGUCGAAUGUUCCAACUCUACCGCUGAUGCCUCUAAUAAGACAUCUGCCCCGACAUAUAACACUCUCAGUGAGCGCUCUCCGUUAUUUGGUUACACAGAGUGUGUUCCUGAGAAUCAAGAACUUCGCGAAGAUGGCGAAGCCGACGAGAAUGAAGGGCGUAAGCGCGACAAUAAUAGAGUCCCGGAUGGAGGGCUUGUGGCUUGGACUCAGGUUCUGACCGGACACUUGGUCGUGUUUAAUGUAUGGGGCUAUAUCACAUCGUAUGGCUUCUUUCAGGAAUACUACGUCAAAAGUCUAGGUGCUAGUCCGGCCAACGCAUCCUGGAUCGGAGCGAUGCAGAUGUUUCUUGUCCAUUUCCUGGCGACUUUGUCGGGUCGAGCUAUGGACAUGGGAUAUCUGCGUCAAUGUAUCACCCUUGGGUGUCUUUUUCAAAUCGCCGGUGCGCUUGCAACCUCGUUCGGGACUCAACUGUGGCACUUCUGGCUGGCCCAAGGCGUACUCAGUGGAAUUGGCCAUGGUCUCGUCUUCAGCCCUAUGAUCUCGCUAUAUGCAACCUACUUCUCUACCAAACGAGUGAUGGCUGUGUCAUUGGCUUCUUGCGGUGCUGCCACAGGAGGAAUGGUCUUUCCUGUCAUUGCGUACAAAUGUUUUAACCGUAUUGGUUUUGCUUGGACAGUCCGAAUAAUGGCCGCUAUCAUAUUCGCUAACAGCCUCGUCAUCGUCAAGUUAACCCGGCCAAGAAUUGUGCCGAGGAGUAUUCCACCCUGGAUCGAUUUUAGUCCAUUUCGCGAACAGUCCUACCUCCUCUUCUCGAUAGGGUCGUUUCUGAUCUUUGAGGGAAUUUACUUUGCCUAUAUCUAUGUCCGGCAAUAUGCCCAGGUUCAUGCUGAAUUUACUCCGAGUGAUUCGCUUGUCCUUCUGAUCAUUAUGAACGGAGUCGGUGUUCCAGCCCGUAUCGCAGCUGCAUUUCUGGCAGAUCGCUGGCUAGGUGCAGUGAGGACCUGCAUUGCAGUAUCCAUCCCUUGCGGGAUAGCGAUCCUCGCUUGGAUUGCAGUUCACACGCACUAUGGCAUGUUCAUCUGGGCCGCGAUAUAUGGACUACUAGUCAACUGUGUUCAGAGCCAGGUGCCAGCUGCCAACGCUUACUUUGGAUCGAAAGACCCAGAGCAUUGUGGAACGCGGGUUGGGAUGAUUACCACGAUCAAUAGCAUUCCACUGCUGACAGGCCCUUACCUCGCAGGAAAGCUGAUCAAUCUGCGGGGAGGCGACUACUUGUACGCGCAACUGUUCGGUGGCCUUUGCAUUCUGACUGGAGCAUUGUUUGUAAUGGGAUCUCACCUGUCAGAGGUCAAACCUCGUGUAUAA